GUCAUAGAUAGGUUGCGCAUGCGUGGCCGCUAUCGCGAGUCAGACGAAAAUAUAAUCUUGUUUUACGCGCUAACAUUUGUACACAGAGGCUUUGCGAGAAAAACCUUCGGCAACUAGGAGAAACUUACGGGAUAAUUUGGGAUUAUCGUUUCCGUAAUGCGUUGCGGAUUGUUCCACGAAAGCCACGAGAAGAAGGAAGGCUCGUCGAAGAUGAGCAACGCGUACACGGAAACGGUUCUUCGGAACCAGAGUUCCGAAACGAAUGCCGUCGAGGACGUGACCGAAAAGAUUCAGCGUCUCUGUGUUACGGGCGAUAACGAACACAUUGCUCAAAUCAACUUCCCUGAACUCGUCGUUUCCAAAGACGACGAUAAAUGCAAAGAAGAGAAGAACACGGAAGACAAGGAGGAAAGGGAGGAAAAUGUGGAAAAAGAAGUAGAAGAAGAGACGGAAGACGAAACAAACGAGGAGGAUGAGAGUGAUGAUAACGACGACGAAGACGACGACGACGAGGGGGACGAUAACCUUAUCGAACGUGGACCGAUGAAAUCGAACGUAUUCUCCUCGCCUCGCGAUCCACCUUACACCACGAAUUUCGAUCAAAACUUGUUUGGGCGUAUAAACGAAAGAAAGUGGUGCGAUUACACUAAAAGCGAGGAAAAGAUUAAUAAGAAUUGUUGUACCGCUGAGAGUAACGAGAUUGGAUCGCAGGUGUGCGAUUUGAAAGAUGAGUUCAUCCCUCUAUCGCCGAUCGACGCCAAUGACCUAAAUGAGUACCUGUUGCUAGAGAACGUGUUAAACGGUGCCUUUCAAGCGGCUCAACGCUCUUCCAACAACGAGAAUCGAGAAUUCUUCGAUCCCGCUUAUUCUCCCCUCUCGACUAUCUCCACCGAUUCCCUGAGGCCAACCACGGGAUGGCAGAAUUUCAAUCAAGGUUUUCUCGAUUCCUCUCCCGUGACCAACGACGACUCGAACUGCGAGCAACGACGACUUUCACUAACGAACAAGACGAUCGAGACAAUCUUCGAUCCUCCGAUUAACGCGCCCGAACCGUCCGUCUACAGGUCCACCCAACUAUCCUCCCGUUGCUCCAGCUAUUCGUCCUCCUCCUCGAAUCAAUCCUACGGCGAUGCGGCUAGUCCAUACACUUACCAGAUGCCGUAUACCCCGCCGGUCGACAAGCAAAUUAACAAGGAUUUCGAGAAAUUCUCCAUCCAGAAACAACAGGACACGACCGAGUCCACGGAGGAAAUCUACAACAUCGGUAAUCCAGAGUUGUUGAUGAAAGUGUGCCAGGAACUUCUGAACAGUUGCGAAGGGGGAAAGAACGUGGAAGUGGACGGAACGCGGGAAGAAUUCUCCGCCUUGACUGGAAUUAACUACGAUCAAACGAAUCCCAAUUUCUCCCCUUCUCCCUCGGACGUAUCGUGUCCGGACUUUGUUUCCUUAUUAAAUUCGCCCUCGAACUUUUCGUCGUCGCCCACGACCUUCAACACCUUCGAAACUAUCAAAGCGACCAACACUACCGACGAUUCUCAAAUACCAAAAAUGGUCGCCUCUUUCGAAUCGUGCCACAGACGGCAACGAAAGUACGAACAGAAUAUAACGCCCUGGCCUUCGUUGAAUUUACCAUCCGUCACUGCAAGCGACAGGCUGAAGGAACAGGUGAAUCCUAAAGAGGUGGAGAAGGCUAUGAUGAACCUGCUGAAACGACCCGUCGAGGAGCUCGCCAAGCAGGACGAGGACGGGGACACAAUGCUAAUGUGCCUGGUUGGCAAUCCGGAGGAAUUAGCCCGGAAACAGGCGUACCUGGCACCGCUGGUCGAGCGGUUAAGCACGAUGAAAGAAGUUCUCGCGACCACCAACAACCGUGGAGAGGACGCGCUUUAUUUGACCGCGAUGAAUUGUCCACAGUUUCCAUACGUUACCGGAUAUUUAGCGGCGGCGAUGCUGGAGAAGAACAUCGACGUUAGCCAACGACUGUAUCGUACUCGCGGUAACUCAUUGAUACAUUCGGUCGCUGGGCAAGGGGACUCUCACAUAGAAGUUUUGGCCGAAUUAUUAGCCCUGAGAACGAACCAGGGGAACGCGGUAUUCGAUCUGUCGAAGCGUAAUUACGAUGGAAAAACCGCUCUGCACGUCGCGAUAGAAUCACACCAGCCGUUGUUUGGCGGCAAUUCGUCGUUGGCCAGCGUGAAGAUGCUUCUAAAGUACGGAGCGGAUCCUCGAACGAAGGAAACGGAACGCGGCGACACCGCGUUGCACUUAGCCGCGUCCAGAGCCUGCGAUCCCGCUCUCGUAAAGGGUGCACGUUCGACAGGUACUGUUGGACGCGUGCGGUUCCGAAUUGGUGAACGCGAUCAACUACGAUCACGACACGCCGUUGCACGCGGCUGCGAGCGUGUCGAGGAACGCGCCGCUGAACCGACAAACGGAAGUCUGUUGGCUGUUGAUUCACGCCGGAGGGAACAGGAAUCUGCUGAAUCGUCAAGGGAAAAGCCCGUUCGUCCUGGUCCCCCCGGAUAGGAGGGAAGCGCUCGUAAAGAUCUUCUACGGCAGACCCUAACGGGCAUGAAAUUCCCAGGGAAAAAGAUUGAUUGAAACGUUAAAAAAAAAAAAAAAAAAA